AUGGCUUCCCCAGACUCAUGUGAAACAGCUGCAUUUACCGUCAAGCUACCGAAUGUUUCGGGCGAGACUAUCGCAGUCAAAGUCGGCCUCCAAAUCGUCGACGUACACAAGGAUCUCAUCAGCAGCAGCUCCGAAUACUUCAGAAAAGCCAUUAGUCACGAGUCGAUUUUAUCUCACAGGUUCAUCGAUCUGUCCGACGAAAAGCCUCAUGAUUUCGACAUAUACUGUCAAUGGCUAUAUACUCGAGUCCUUGACGCGAAACUAGACAAUCACAAUGGAUUCAGUUACCUUGCUCGGAUGUACGUCUUGGGAGAAAAGUUGAUCGACCGCACAUUCCAGAACGAUGUCGUCGACGCCAUAAUCUACCGCCAUAUCACUGCGCGACUGAGUCAAAAGCCCCUGCGCUACAAAGUACCUGAUCUGGAAGCUAUCGGAAUCAUUUACAAGGGCGCUCCGAGGAAAGCCCCGGUGAUACGUCUCCUGGUGGAUCUGUGGGCUUUCAACAUGGACUCCUCUUGGGUCACGAAGACGAGACUUCGAGCGCCAGAGAACAAACCUUUUCUGGAUGACCUCUUACCGGCACUGUUAGACAGGCGAGGACUACCGGAUGCUUCCCAAGCUAGGCCAUGGAUCUCGCAACGAAGUUUCUAUUACAACAAGGGUGUCGUGAUCAAAAGCGAAAUGCCGGAAGACAGGGGCGGCGAGGCGAUCUCUGAGCCUUCCAUCAAGGAUGAGCCUUCCACUGAGGAAGAGUCUUUCGUUAAGAACGAGCCUUACGUUGAGGAUGGAACACACAUCAAGGAAGAGCCUUCUAUGCUAGAUGAGCCCUUCAUCAAGCAGGAGCCUUCUAGCGAGAAAGAGCUUUCCAGCGAGGAAGAAUCUCCCAGCGAGGAUGAGCGUUCCAACAAGACUGAUCCUUCUGUCCAGGAGGAGGUGGACGUCAUUGAUGCAUUCUGGGGCAUGUAG